AUGAUCACCUACUGUUUUACAAUGCAGCUGCCUUGGGGGAAACAUGUGCUGCCAAUUCCGACUGCACAGGGACUAACGCUGGUGUUUGCACGACCCUCAACCAAUGGUGCCUUGGGAGGAACAUGUGCUGCUGCCGGCGACUGCACAGUGACUACGAACGCUGGUGUUUGCACGACCCUCAAGUGCGCGUGUAACACCGGCUAUACCGCAAACACCGCUGGAACAGCUUGUCUAGCUGCCUUGGGGGGAACAUGUGCUACCAAUGCCGACUGCACAGGGACAACAAACGCUGGUGUUUGCACGACCCUCAAGUGCGCGUGUAACACCGGCUAUACCGCAAACACCGCUGGAACAGCUUGUCUAGCCAAUGGUGCCUUGGGAGGAACAUGUGCUGCUGCCGGCGACUGCACAGGGACUACGAACGCUGGUGUUUGCACGACCGCCAAGUGCGCGUGUAACACCGGCUAUACCGCAAACACCGUUGGAACAGCUUGUCUAGCUACUGGUGCCUUGGGGGGAAUCUGUGCUACUAACACCGAUUGCACGGGGACUACGAACGCUGAUACUUGCACGACCGGCAGGUGCGUGUGUAAAUCCACCUAUACUGCAAACACCGCUCAAUCAGCGUGUAUAGCUACUGGUGCCUUGGGUGGAAUCUGUGCUACUAACGCCGAUUGCACGGGGACUACGAACGCUGAUACUUGCACGACCCUCAAGUGCGCGUGUAAAACCGGCUAUACUCCAAACACCGCGGAAACAUCUUGCAAAGCGACCGGUGCUCUUAAGGGAACCUGCACAGCCAGCACCGACUGUACCGUAACUACUAACGCUGGCACCUGCACAUCCGGCAAGUGUGAAUGCAACACCGGAUAUACCGCAAACACCGACGAGACGGCUUGCAGUUCAGGAGUGAUGACAUUGGUAGCAACAUGGAUAAUGCUUAUGAUGGUCAUUACAACCUCUCUGAUCAAGCUGUAGACGGAACGCAUCAACGCAGAACUCAUACCUGAUAUUGAACAAUAAAUCAGAACGUUAUGUUAAUGAUACACUCUUUCAUAUUUGAAGUGAUUUAAUAUUAAUGUAAUCAUUACUAACUUAAGUGAUGCAUCCAUGUUCUAUUUUAAAUGACUUUCAAACAACUAAUGGUCAAACUAGUAUUUUUAUUCAAAUAAAUAUUUAUCAAGUCCAUGGUGAUGUCGUCAUUGAUCAGUAAUUGCUCUUUUCAAGCAAGAACAAGUAUGGGUUUUAUGACAGAAAUGAUCCAUGGACAGAUACAAGAUAACAUGGAUUAAUAAUGAUGUAACAGUAAAAUAACAGUUAUGGCGUUCUUGCGUUAUGUGCUUACUGUUGAAAUCAUGAGGUAAUGACUAAUGUCAUGCUGAUGUACAUAUUUUAUAAUAAAGUGUGCGUAGUUA